ACCGAGUACCAGCUAUCAGUAUUAGCCCGGUCAUCUUUCUGUGCGAGCGCGACACGCGCAAUCGUGCCGAUCGUGCGCGGCAAGACGCGAGCGAUGAGAUUUCGCGGGACCUGGAGAUUUCGCCGUCUCGCGAACGCGGGUGUUCGACCUCGUGCAAAGGCCAAGCGGUAACGCGCGAGAGCUAGUCGCGCAACUUCCCAAUAUUAGUUGGAUGUUAGAGCGCGACGUUUCUUAAGCUCUUUUGGACUGAUCACGUAUUUCAACGUGCCGCUUCACCAAACGAGAGAAUGGAAUAGCUUGGCUACGAUUCUAAGUAACCAAUCGCACCAUCCAUCAUGAAUACAACGCGAGAACCGAAGCAGUACGUUUCGCCGCAUGGGUGCCUGGGUUAACGAACGUUUCGCGGAGGAGGAGGUGGUCCCAAGUAAUCAAAGUGCUACUUGGACUUGGAGGAUCCGGGGCCGCAAUUGCAAUGGUGCUGGACCAUUGCAUGGUCGACCGGGUGCCGACUAUCAAUCGCCAGACAACUUUACAUCGACCUGGUCGUCAGCAUCCCUAUUACCAUUGCGCCGCCAGUUCACCAGGCAGCUCUACGAGUGGCCUUGUUUACCGUUGUUUAAAUCAAGGACGAAACUAAACCUUUAUUGAAUCGAUUGUUCCGAUUUCAAGAGAAAGGCCGCCCAAAAUUUCCUUGCAAAUACAGAUUGCUCUAGUUUUUUUUUCUUUUUUUUUUUUGUUAUCGUGUGUGAUUGUUUGUAUGUGUCUAUGUGUGCGUAUUAUACGAAAUCGGUUUCGCGAAGAGGAAAAUUGGAUCAUCAGUAUUUUGAUAUUUUGAAGAAAAAGUUAAUCCCGAAAGUGAGUACUCUUCCAUAUUCUUCGUUUCUUCAAUAUGGCUGAGUGGACCAGGUUUAACGAUGAAGACAAACGAAUUCGACUUGGCGAACGAAUGAAUAACGAUGCGACCGUAAGACGAUCGUAUCCUGAAACGAGCAACGCUGAAAUUAUUGACGAAGACGAAUCACGUAUGGCGAACAAUGAAAACAAUUGCGAUUGUGAUGAUAAUCGUGAAAAGGUUCGAAUUGUUGACUCGAAUUCGGUUCGAGGAUCGGAAUACGUCAAUGGCUUUCGAAACAACUCAGAAUCAUUAGAAAAUGUGCGAGAGGAGGAGGAGGAGGAGGAGGAAGAAGAAGAAGAAGAAGAAGAAGAAGAAGAAGAAGAACAAGAAGAACAAGAACAAGAAGAAGUAAAAUUCGUGGAGAACAAUAUGGAACAAACGGAGCAAUCAGGCUUAAGGAUACGUCGAGAAGCUCGUCAAGAGCUAAAAGAAACCUCGCAAAAUUUACAAAGUUCACCAAAGAGACCCAACAGUCUCUACAAAGAGGAUGCGUCUAGUCCACAAAAGCUCAAGAACGUUUUCAACGAGAGAGGUACAAUUUUCGGCUCCCCUACCAGAAUUCUGUCAUCCAAGAGUCACUCGUCGACCGAGAAGAGUACCGAGAAACUCGUGAACGGUAAGUCUCCUAAGGAGGACAAGCAGCAGCAUCACGUACAAUUCAACAAAGAAUCCCAAAAGCAGCAACUACACCGUCACACACCCGAAGAAAGACCGCAUCCAAGUCCGUCAAUCUCCACAUCUACCACAAGCAGUUCCGAAGAUAAUUCCAGCUUGGGACAAUUUUGCGAAGCAAGGCCUCCCGAUGGAGGUUGGGGCUGGGUCGUCGUAGCGGCCUCUUUUAUGGUAAACUUGAUCGCGGAUGGUAUUACCUUCUCUUUUGGUGUAAUAUAUGUUGAAUUUCUCAAUUAUUUCGGCGAGGGAAAAUCCAAGACAGCGUGGAUUGGCAGUCUUUUCAUGGCAAUGCCUUUAUUAUCGGGACCAGUGGCAAGUUUCUUAACUGAUCGGUACGGAUGUAGAAAAGUAACGGUAGCCGGUAGUAUCCUGGCAACUGCUGGUUUCGUCGUAAGUUCCUAUGCGAACUCCAUGGAAGUACUCAUCUUCACGUUUGGCAUCGUAGCAGGUUUCGGUUUGUCCUUGUGUUUUGUCGCGGCGGUAGUAAUAGUGGCGUAUUAUUUUGACAAAAAGAGAUCCUUUGCCACCGGUCUAUCGGUAUGCGGUAGCGGAAUUGGGACUUUUAUCUUUGCACCCGUCACGCAAUAUCUUUUGGCGGAGUACGGCUGGAGAGGAACCACGCUGAUUCUGGCAGGAUUGUUUUCGAAUCUCGCUGUAUGUGGAUGUCUUAUGCGAGACCUCGAAUGGACUACCACUAAAGCAAAAGCGAAAACUCAAGAGAGGAAAAAGAAUCGGGAAAAGAAGAGAUCUAAAAUGCAAAGUUCCAGCGCAGACUCCUUCUCCGCCACCAGUUCCGCAAACACGACCACGCAAACGCCUCACGGCGAUUCUAAAAGAGGUUUUGCAUCGGCCAACGCGAUGAUUAUCGAGAAUCUUCGACCGCAGGAUGGAUGCGGCGAGGAGAGUGGUGAGAAAUUAUUCUCUAGUUUGGUAAAUCUGCCUACGUUUGUCAAAAAUGGGGAAAGAGUGCCUCUGGAAGUGUUGGAACUGCUCAGUGCGAACAAAACCGUUUACAAUGUCCUCUUGCAAAACUAUCCGAGUCUUUUGAUAUCGUCGAGGAGUUUCAGCGAUUCCGGAGCGCUGCACGAUCAACUGAGUACACCAUCGGCCCGAUUUAUAUCUACGCCGAGUCCAUUAGCCGAAUUGCGAGCUGAAAGCAAAGACAAGGGCAAUGACGAUCGAAUUUUGCGUGGCGAGCAGCUGCCACAACAACAGCAGCAACAACAACAUCAAUCGGCAGAACCGACGUAUUUAUGGUGGCUGAAGAAAAUCGAUUCCGACACUCCGUUGAGGCGAUCUUGCACAUUGGAACAACCAAGAAGACUGCCCACUGCUUAUCUAAAGGAUAUUAGAAUGCAUAGGCAUAGUUUGACUUACAGAGGCGCCAUGCUCAACAUCAAUCGAUAUCGCUUGAGAGCUUCGAGCUGCCCGGAUAUCUACAGAAAUUCAAUGACUACGAUCGCCAAAACAAAGAUGGUCUGGUACGCUGGACUCUGGGAAUUUUGGGAUUUAAUCGUCGACAUGCUAGACUUUUCGUACUUUGCCGAUCCAAGAUUCCUGCUGUUUGCAGUCAGCAACUUCCUCUUGCACACGUGGUACGAUGUGCCUUACGUCUAUCUGACGGACAAUGCGAUCGAAGUUGGAUUUAGCGAGACGGAUGCGUCUAUUCUGAUCUCGGUGAUUGGAAUUGCUAACAUGGGCGGUGAGAUUCUUCUGGGUUGGGCCGGCGAUAGGGCAUGGGUGAAUGCAUCUAUCGUUUAUGCGGUGUGCAUGGCACUUUGCGGUACCGUUACCGCUCUGAUACCGAUAGUUGUCAACGAUUAUUACACUCUAUGUGCAAUCUCUGGUGCCUUUGGAUUAUUUAUCGCAGCAAAUUACAGUCUCACCAGCAUUAUCCUUGUCGAGUUGAUCACUCUGGAAAGGUUCACAAAUGCCUAUGGUCUUCUGUUACUCGUACAAGGAAUUGCUAAUCUCAUGGGGCCUCCGCUAGCUGGGUGGUUGUACGAUAUCACGGGCACGUACGAUCUGUCCUUCUACUUGGCGGGAUUGUUCAUUGCGUUGAGCGGCGCAUUGUUAUUAGUGAUGCCUUUGAUUGGUUUGUAUCGAAAGUGUCGAAACGAAUCCAGGGAGGUAACUAGCGACAAGGAUUUCAAUGCGAUAAAUAAUGUGUAAAUAUGCCGAUAACAAAGGAUCAAACCAGAGACAAACGACCAUCAUCGAUGGUUCCAUUCCAUCGCAAUUAGAAUAGCGAUGUGCUUAAAGGAUAACAAAGGAAUUGCGACACAGAUUGCGAAAAUUGCCACAGGGCACCCCUUAAUUUCGUGGUAGUGUCAUUCCGCGACAUGCUAGACACGAGUUGCUCGAGCCGGCUGUGGUGUAUUACAUGUAGUUAUAAUUAUAGUUUGUCGAAACACUCUUGCGGGUUCAUCGACUCUCCGUUAACGACGAUUAAUUCCGAGCGACUCGAGGAAUGUUAUGUAAAGUAAAAAUGAUAGCAAGUCGGAGCGUCGCGGCGUUGCACGUCGCUGGAGUUACGAUUCUGCUUUACCAAACUUUUGACAAAGGUUUUAGCUUGUUUUUCUAAUCUCUUAGACAUUGCGCAAAGAAAAAAUUGUUUCGUGAAUACAAGCAUAGCUUUUUUUAAUAUUUUCAAUAGCGUAGAGCGAUAUUGCGAGCGAUAUUAUAUAGUAAUAUAUGUACAAAUUAGGAACAUGCCGCUUUCGCUGAUGUUAAAUGGUCAAUUUAAUUCCUGCCGUUCGCUACUAGAGAAUGGCACUGCCGGCUCCAACGCUAGCGAGUUUCGACGAAAGUGAAGUCGCAUGUCUUUUGUAGUUUAGAGACAUUGCUGAAAGUGAUGAUCAGUUCUCACAGGUUAGAUUUCACGACGCUAAAGAGAUUUUCUAAUCGAUUGAAAAUUAACCGCGAUAAACUGUUUUUCCAACAUGUGCUUCUUUAUUACUCUUACGAUCUCAAGAAAAUCGCAGCUGAAGCGCAAUGCUUAUUAUUCCAAGUGUAUGAUGAUGAAACUCCAUCGGAAAGAAUAUGUAGAAUUUGGUUUAAUCGCUUUUGAUUUUAACAUGAAAGACAAAGAAUAUCCCGAACAGUGGAAAAAUUUCAAGAUGUCGAGCUAGAAGAAUUGCUUGAUGAGAAUUUAGCUCAUACGCUUUUAGAAUUGUCGAAAAUGUUAAAUGUCGUUACUCCAAUGGUCAUCUCAAAACGUUUGCAUGUCAUGGGAAAAAUUUACAAGGAAGAAAGAUGGCUACCAUAUGGUUGUCAGAAUCACUUUUUCUAUCGUGACUGCUUUGCUUGCCGCAGGCAAAGAAAAAAAAGCUUAAAUGCACUUUGUGGCGCAUUGUGACAUUCACCGGCGAUGAGAAAUGAAUUUAUUUUGAUUAUUCCAAGCGGAGGAAAUCAUGGGUGGACUCCGGCCAACCAUUUACUUCAAUGCCGAAGAAGAAUGUCUACAGGCAUAAAACUUUGCUCUACAUUUGGUGGGAGCAGAAGGGUGUGCUCGUAUUACGAGCUCAUGCGUUUCCAAAUGAAACCGUUACAGCUGAUCGCUACCAAAUAGCAAUUAUGCCGAUUGAGUAAUGAGUUGAUGCAAAAAAGACCAUCCAUAGCCAACAAUUGACGCAAAGUCAAGUUUUUAUUUUUAUUUUUACUUUUAUUUAUUUAUUUUUUUGUUAUAACGCGAUAACACUCGAUUACACGUUGCGAAAAGCGCGAAGCAGACACUUUUAAAGCUUGAAUGAAAACUCCUCCCGCAUUCAGCGUACUUUCCAGACUUGGCACCGUCAAAUUACCACUUCUUCCGAUCGAUGCAACGCGCACUUACAGACACACGUACACGUCUCUAGUUAUAAACAAGUCCAAAAAUGAAUGGAUGAAUCGUCUGGAAAGACACCGCGUUCUACCACGUCGUGAGAUCGAACCCUGUGUUGCCAGAGAGAUGGGAAAAAGUAGUAGAAAAUGGAGAAAAUUACUUUAAGGUAUUUAUUCGUCAUUUUCCCUUUGAAACAAAUGAAUUUUGGAAAUAAAAAAAACAGCAGGAAUUAAGUUUACUACUUAAUAUAAAAUCAAAGGACCUGCGGAAGGCGGCCCGUUAUGAACUAUAACGUGUUGCCGUCGAUGAUUGUAUCUUACUUAAACAGAUAUAUCUUUUUCGCACGGCAACAAUUAAUAAGUAUAAUUUUGAAUCUCAGAAUACUAUCAGCAAUUAAUAUAAAUUUAUAUAUAUAUAUAUAUAUAUAUAUAUAUAUAUAUAUAUAUAUAUAUAUAUCGAAAUCGGCACAUCUAGUGUCCCAAUUUGCAUGUAAAGAAGAACCAUACAAGCUCUAUGCAUGUUUGUAGUCGUUAUUUCUUCGUCGAGCAAAUUGUAUUCUGAAGUCAGACUAUACAGUACAGCUGACAAUUGACAAGUUAUCUCCUCUUCUCUGGAUAAUGCGAAAAUAUUGUAAUUAAAUUAUUUACCGCGCCACAUACUCUGAAUUUUUGUAAUUAUCUUUGUGUCCUUCGCAUAUCGAAUUUCGCGAGUCACUAUAUGUAUACAAUAUUUUAACUAUGAUUAAAUUCAAUUUCAAUUUUUUCUAUUAAUUUAAAUUGAAUUUAAUUUUGUUUGCAUUUGUUUAGUUGUAUUUUUCAUUCGGAUAAAAAUAUCAAUAUGAUUAUUAAUGUAAUAAGUUUCAACUGCUAGUGCAAACGGCUAGUAUAUUAUUAUUAUUAUAUAAAAACAAAAAAGAGAUGUAAUAAA